AAGUCAGAAUUCUGAGAUUAAAGUCAUAAUUUUGCGAAAAAGACAGAAUUCUGAGUUUAGUGACACCUAUUUUCCAUGGUCUGAGGUUGAAACUCACAACAAUAGUAGACAAACAAAACAUCUACUGGUUGUUAAACCAACAAAAUUAUCCAAUCAGAAAUAAUUCAUAUAUUUUAUGUUUUCAUGUACAGACUAAGGGCGUUUCUCUAAGUCAAGGAAAGAUCUGUGACCUUAAAAAAUCUUAGCUCUCACUGUGUCACAGAUAUGAAAAACAAAAAAAAAAUGCCAGAGCUGUUUCUCUACUGAGAAGAAAAAAAAAAGAAACCUCCCAUAUGGCUUUGAAUUCAUUGUCUGUAAAAACAUCCACACAAGCAGCAACAUGCAGACAAACAAAGCAACCAUCCAACAUAAACAAGCUCCUACUGACCAACCAUGGCUGAGUAUAAGUUACAGGUGACAACAGGUUCAAUGAAAAAAGCAGGAACAUUUGACCACAUCUUCGUCACCUUAAUUGGAACCAAUGGGCAAAGUGAGCGAACUGACUUGGACAACUUCGGCUUGGAUUUCAUGACUGGGCAGACAUCGACCUACACUAUAAAAACCGACUCGUCUUUGGGGGAACUCCUGUUGAUCAAGUUAGAAAAAGAUCCCAAUAUGUGGUUACCGUUCGAAGAUCAGUGGUACUGCUCUAAAAUAGUAGCGACGACCCCAGAAGGAGACGAAAUCCUUUUCCCGUGUUACUUAUGGAUGUCCAGGGGUGAAGUGGUGGAGCUGAGAGGAGGAAAAGCUAUUAAGGUUUUUGAGGAAACCCACCCUUUGUUGACCGAGCACAGGCAGAAAGAGCUAACACAGAAAAAGAACAUCUUCAAAUGGAAGACUAUGGAGGAAGGAUUACCCCACCAUUUCGAUAACGAAGCCGGAAUCCCAGCCGAAGUUAGCUUCUCUGAUUCCAAAUUAACUGAAAUACGGUUCACCAAAGCCUUGACUGACUUUGAGCUCAAGCUUCGAGGACUGUUCAAAUCCAUGGAAAAAUGGGACAACAUCGAAGACAUCAAAAAAAUAUUUUAUUUCAAGAGGACAGCCAUCUCAGAUUAUGUAACAGAACACUGGAUGGACGAUGACUUCUAUGGGUACCAGUUUCUGAACGCAAUCAACCCUAAUGUGAUCAAGCGCUGCUCAGAACUUCCACCAAACUUUCCAGUCACGAAUGAGAUGGUGCAGCCGUUCUUGGAAAAGGGUAGCUCUCUGAAGAAAGAAAUAGAGAAAGGCAAUAUAUUCCUCUAUGACCAGAAGAUGAUGGAUGGAAUACCCCCUAGACUCCACAAUGAUGAACCUCUGCAUGUGACCCCUGGCCUCUGUUUGCUCUACUUGAACAAAGACAACAAACUGAUGCCAAUUGCAAUACAGCUGCAGCAACAACCCUCUGAGACAAACCCCAUCUUUCUGCCCAGUGACUCAGAAACAGACUGGCUUCUGGCCAAGAUGUUUAUCAAAAAUGCAGAUUUAAUGGAACAUCAGUCAGUUCAACACCUCACCAAGACCCACUUCCUUGGAGAAACUUAUGCUGUUUCAACACUCCGCAACCUCCCUGUCAUUCAUCCAAUUUACAAGUUGCUGAUCCCUCACUUCCGAUUCAACCUCCACAUAAACAUCGCAGCCCGCAAAACUCUUUUUGGACCUACACAACCUUUUGGCUUGAGCACAGCUGGAUAUGAUGGAAUGAUCGAGCUCAUGAGGAGGGGUUUGUCCGAGGUUACCUUCAGCUCCCUCUGUCUGCCAGAUGACAUCACUGCCAGAGGACUGGGGUCUGUCCCCAACUUCUACUACAGAGAUGAUGGGCUGAGGUUGUGGGACAUCGUCAACAGAUUUGUCAAGGCUAUGGUUGAGUUCUACUACCCCUCAGAUGAUGAUGUGCGUAAAGACUCUGAGCUGCAGGACUGGAUUAAUGAGAUAUUCACCCAUGGCGUCUUGGAAAACAAAGCCUCAGGGUUUCCAGAAAGCUUCAGUAAAGUUGAAGAAGUUGUCAGUUUCAUUACUAUGGUGAUCUACAGAGUGUCUGCUCACCAUGCUGCCGUCAAUAACGGGCAGUACGACUAUCAGUUCUUCGUACCCAAUGGAUCGCUCCUCCUCCUGAAACCUCCUCCAACCACUAAGGGCCAAUCAAACAUGACGACAGUUCUGGAGGCCUUUCCAACUGUUGGAGUCACAGUCAGCAUAGCAUCACUGUUGUGGGUGUUUUCAGAGAAGUACACAGACAUGGUCGUCUUGGGUCAGUACCCUCAAGAACGAUUCGACGAGACCGAGCCCAAGGAGAUCAUUAAGAGGUUUCAAGCUGAAUUGUCCCUCCUCAGUGAACAUAUUACAGCAAGAAACUCCAAGCUUGACGUUCCCUACAUUUAUCUGGACCCGGCUCAGAUAGAGAACAGCAUAGCUAUUUGAGCCAAAGUGUCUGAGUCAUAAUCCAUGAGAAAGUUCUGUAAACGGUACAGGGUAGGCUCACAGAUGCAUGGACAGGAUACAGAUCCAACUGGUCUGAUCUCUAUUAUUCUUUGUUUCAUAUCAAUCAUAUUCACUAAUUCUUCAACUUUAAGCUUUUUUUCAUAUAUACUGUCAAACAAAACAAAAGUUAGUGUAAUUUUUCACUAGUAUCUGAAAGUAACUAAAAAUCCAUAGUGCAUUUCAACUUGAAAAUUUUGCACAGUGUAAGUUAUAGUGAAAUUUUUAAAGGAUUCUUCAUCAUUAUGAGACUUUUGGACAUUUUUAUAAUUUUGUCAGAAAUUAAGAAAAAAAUCAUAUGAUCUUUCAACCCUUAAAGAUCUAUUAGAACUUUUUGUGGCAGCUUCUAAAUUAAUCUUUCUACACAUUUAACCUUUCCUAUGUGACAUUUCCACCAUUUAUUAUAAUAUUAUUCUCUGCAUUUUGCAUUUUUCAGUGAGUAUCAGGUAUUUUUCCAUAUAAUAUUAACUGAACAUAAAAACUACAUGGGAUUUACUGUUGAAUCAGUGUUGCAGAAGGUGAUGGUGUUUCCACAUUCUUCAUCCAAAUGGGUCAUACUGUAUUUGAUGCAGCUGAAAAGCUGAGAAACUGUAUUUUAUCGGAAUUAUUUCAAUAUAGUGAUAGGAUUUCUGGUUCAAAAGUUAUUGCACAUUUUAAAUCAAUAGAUGCUUUUGGUUGCCGGGCAGCUGUUUGUGUCUUUGAGUAAACUGAUCUCAUUAUAUCGCAUUUUCAUCCUUUCACAUGUUAUUCAACGCCAUUUGAUCGUGUGUCAAUGUAUGCCAAGAUGUCCGGUUUACAUAUCCAUAACCCCUAAAUACUAACUCUAAACCUAACCCAAAACCUAAU